ACUGGCCCUUCCUGGUCCUGUACUCACAUUUGUGUUAUGAGAAGGUGGGCAGAGGUGUGAGUCGUUGCAAAUGGCAGACAUUUUCACUUUGCACGAUGCCGGGAGAGGUUUGGCAAUGACUCAGGUAGUAGUGGAGUGAUGGAGCAGAUGUCCCCAGAGCCUCCAGUGAUCCAUUCCUAGCCAUCUCCCUCAAGGCACUUGUGAAUGACUCACUUGGCCUUGACCUGGCAACAAGCAUGAAUUAUGAUUAUAAUAAUAGCCAGUAUUCCAUAGAGUUAUCUCCGUGCUGGGCACUGUUCUUCGUGCUUUAUAUACAUUAAUCCAUAUAUUUCUAACAACAAGCCUAUGGAGAAAGCAAUGAUCCUACCCCUAGUCAACAGCUGAGGAAACGGGUACAGAGAGGGUAAGUGACUUGGCCUAAAUCACACAGCUAGGCAGUGGUAAAGCUAGCCAUCUGAGCCUAGAGUACCUGUAAUGUUCAAUUGGAUUUCUACACUGCUGCUUUACUGAACAUACAUGCAUGCACGCAUACGUAUGUACACACAGCAAGCCAGCUCCAGUCAGCUUGUUUUCCAAGAAUUCUCAAUUCCCAAGAGCAUUUCAGAUUCCAUGCUUGAGCACUUCUGUCAUUUAACUCCCAAAGUGGUCGUUCCCCAAGAGAAAAAGAAUAAACUCGGACAGUCCUGACUCACUUUUCAGAGGCCGAGUGCAUCCAGAUAGGUUGUAAGUGGAUGCUCGGCUGUCAGAGACUGGAGGGCAUAUGUCUUAAUCUCAGUCUCUUUAUUGUUUCCAGCCUGAAAUUUUACAGGACUCCAGACUCAUCACGCUGUACCUCACAAUGCUUGUCACCUUCACAGACACUUCAACGUGGAAAAUUCUCCGUGGAAAAGGGGAGAGUCUUCGACCAGCCAUGAACCACAUUUGUGCAAACAUCAUGGGACAUCUCAACCAGCGUGGAUUUUAUUCUGUGCUGCAGAUAUUGUUAACCCGUGGCCUGGCGAGACCCCGGCCUUGUCUGUCCAAAGGCACUUUAACUGCAACCUUUUCUCUAGCGCUGCGCCCUGUGAUUGCCGCACAAUUUUCAGACAAUCUGAUUCGGCCAUUCCUCAUCCACAUCAUGUCUGUACCUGCUCUUGUGACUCAUCUCAGCACAGUGACCCCUGAGCGCCUCACUGUUUUAGAAUCUCAUGACAUGCUUCGUAAAUUCAUCAUGUUUUUAAGAAACGAAGAUCGAUGCCGUGACGUAUGUGAAAGCUUAGAAGGAUGCCAUACGCUCUGUCUAAUGGGCAACCUCCUGCACUUGGGCUCCCUCAGCCCCAGGGUGUUAGAGGAGGAGACGGAAGGGUUUGUGAGUUUGCUCACCCAGAUGCUGUGCUACUGUCAGAAGUACGUGUCCCAGAAGAAAUCCAACCUGACACACUGGCACCCUGUCCUCGGCUGGUUCUCGCAAUCUGUGGACUACGGCCUUAAUGAGUCCAUGCCCUUGAUCACCAAGCAGCUGCAGUUCCUGUGGGGGGUGCCUCUGAUCCGGAUCUUCUUCUGUGACAUCCUGAGCAAGAAGCUGCUGGAAAACCAGGAGCCAGCCCACGUGCAGCCAGCAUCCCCCCAGAAUGUGCUUCCUGUGAAGAAUCUCCUGAAGCGUGCGUUUCAGAAGUCUGCAUCCGUUCGGAAUAUUCUCAGGCCUGUUGGGGGUAAGCGUGUGGACUCUGCAGAGGUCCAGAAGGUCUGCAACAUCUGUGUCCUCUACCAGACCUCGCUGACGACUCUGACCCAGAUCCGGCUACAGAUACUCACAGGUCUCACUUACCUUGAUGACCUGCUCCCCAAACUGUGGGCGUUUAUCUGUGAGCUGGGGCCCCACGGAGGGUUAAAGCUCUUCUUGGAAUGCCUCAACAAUGACACUGAAGAGUCCAAGCAGCUCUUGGCCAUGCUGAUGCUGUUCUGUGACUGCUCCCGGCACCUCAUCACGAUCCUUGACGACAUUGAAGUUUAUGAAGAACAGAUUUCCUUCAAACUGGAAGAGCUGGUCACCAUCUCCUCUUUCCUGAACUCCUUUGUGUUUAAGAUGAUCUGGGAUGGACUCGUAGAGAACGCCAAGGGGGAGACUUUGGAGCUGUUCCAGUCCGUGCACGGGUGGCUGAUGGUGCUGUAUGAGCGGGACUGUCGGCGCCGCUUCGCCCCUGAGGACCACUGGCUGCGCAAGGAUCUCAAACCUAGCGUGCUCUUCCAAGAACUGGACAAGGACAGGAAACGGGCCCAGCUGAUCCUGCAGUACAUCCCUCACGUCAUUCCCCACAAAAACAGAGUUCUCCUGUUUCGAAACAUGGUCACCAAGGAGAAGGAGAAACUGGGGCUUGUGGAGACCAGCUCGGCCUCUCCCCACGUCACUCAUAUCACUAUCCGACGGUCCCGGAUGCUGGAGGACGGCUACGAGCAGCUCCGGCAGCUCUCCCAGCACGCCAUGAAGGGCGUGAUCCGCGUCAAGUUCGUCAACGACCUCGGGGUGGACGAGGCAGGCAUUGACCAGGACGGCGUCUUCAAGGAGUUCUUGGAGGAGAUCAUCAAGAGGGUAUUUGACCCGGCACUCAAUUUGUUCAAGACAACCAGCGGGGAUGAGAGGCUCUACCCCUCGCCCACGUCCUACAUUCACGAGAACUACCUGCAGCUCUUCGAGUUUGUGGGCAAGAUGCUGGGGAAGGCCGUGUACGAGGUAGGCACAUGCAGGAGCGGCGCACCCGGGGGGGAAACAAGAUGCUAGAAGCCCUGGGGACUUGGUGCGCAGUGUCGUGGCAGGGCCCAGCCACAUAAAGGCGCUGUCAUUAGGUUGGAGCCCGAGAAAGAGGACAGGACCCACGAUUACUG